AUGAACUGUGAUAGCAACAAGUUCUCGGACCUGCGCGAUACCAACUCGAUCCCCAGCCCUCCAUUGAUCGAUGUCGCCGAUCUAUUGUCCCAUGACAGAAUGCAACGUGCAAUGUCUGAUACCAUUUUGUCUUCAACCGAUAAGCGCUUUAUGGAUGAUACCAUGCCAGUAUACAGUGGAUCAAUUCGUGCUCCCAGUCGUAGCUCACCUGUCAGCCCAGCACCAAGUAAUCCUUUGGACGACUAUUUCCUAUGCGAUGAUACGGCGCCUACAAACAACAAUCAACAUGGCAACACGGUGUUGAUUUAUAAGGAGCCAAGUCAUCACAGCUCGCUUCCUAGUGAUCAUGCUAGUGCGAAGAAUGAUACUUUGUCGAAUGAUGAUAAGAAUGGAAGCAAAGUCAAGUUCAAGCAUUUCUUGAACCAUCUCAAGCCAAGUAGGACAAGUAUCUCCUCGUCAUCACGACGCACAUCCAAGGAUAGCAGCUCUUCGUCAUGGCGUGAUAGCAGCGAUUAUAGCAUUCUGAGUCAUUUAUCAUGGCAACCUCCUGCACCCCAUGGAGCACAUUAUGUCAAGUUACGACCCCGACACAAGCACGUGAAAGAUAUGGAGCGAUUGAUCCAUGCACAGACGUUGACAAUGAAUACGGGUCGAUCCAAUGAGCACGGCAAUGCAAUAUGGGCAAUGAAUUUCAGCCCCGAUGGCAAGUACAUGGCAGCUGUGGGUCAAGACCACGUUAUCAGGAUUUGGAAAGUACGUGAUGGAGCACAAGCGGUGGAGCAACAAGAAAAUGAAGAUGGCGAUAGCCACCAACACUCGCAUCGUACCAACAGGGAUAUUCGAGAAGAGCACAUGUCUAUCAAUGUAUUUGAUGAAGAUCCAGUGAAGGAAUUCGUGGGACACACAGAUGAUAUUCUUGCAUUACGCUGGUCAAAGAAUCAUUUUCUUCUAUCUGCCUCUCUUGACAAUACGGUCAUGUUAUGGCAUGUAUCGGUGAACGAGUGCUUAUGCCUAUUUCAACAUGUGGAUUUCGUAACAGGUGUAGCCUUUCAUCCAAUGGAUGAUCGCUAUUUUGUAUCUGGAUCCACCGAUGGCAAAGUUCGUAUUUGGAACAUCCCUAAGAAAUGUGUUGUCAGCUGGGCAUCAUCACCGGAUAAGAGCGUGAUUACUGCUGUGGGCUUUACACCGGAUGGCAAGACCGUAUGUGCAGGAUCGACCAAUGGCCAGUUGUUUUUAUAUGAUACGGAGAAGCUCAAGUACCGAUCAAAAAUGGAGCUCAAGAGACGGCAUGCUAAGCGAGGAAGGAAGAUCACUGGUAUCGAGAUCAUGCCAAGGACCACUGAGCCAAUAGUUCUUGUCACAAGCAAUGAUUCAGAAGUACGGUUGAUCCACGUGGGUGAUAAACAUGUGCUUCAUCGAUACAUUGGCGCCGAGAAUGAAUCAUCCCAGAUCAAGGCUGCUCCAAGCGAUGAUGGACAAUAUAUAGCAUGUGGUUCUGACAAGCACACGGUGCAUAUUUGGGGGACGUAUUCACCAUCAUCAUCAUCGGAUCGUGAACGCAACCUAAAGACGAAUUCAAACGUGAACCUUGCUGAGAACGUCUUUGGCAAAAACAAUGGUGAUUUUCAUGAUGAUGAGCGCAACAAGUUGAGCAAUGGUCGACUAUCACAUUGGCUGCAUUCUGGUGAUCAACAGUGGCAGGAACGGCUUUACAAUCAUGAACGCUAUUUCACUGCUGGACGAGGAAUAGUGACUCGAGUCAUCUUUGCACCUACGGCUGCACGACAACAGUUAGCCAUUUCGGGCACGGAUAUGAUAUACAACCAUACCCCAAUCAUGUAUGUUCAUCACGAUGCAUCAAAGCCUUCAUCCAAAGAUAAUCCCGAUAUUCGAGUAUCCCAUUGCAUGCCACGUGUGGAAAAGGAUAGCUAUGAGAACCAGGAGGAGUUACUAGAAAGAGCAAAGUACGACUACACUGAUGGCCAUAUCUUGGUGACAGCGAGUGACAAAGGCGAAAUCAAGGUGUGGCGAUUUGAUUCAGGCGUAUACCCUGGUAUGUCAUCGGGUAUCACUGGUCUUAGUGAUAUGUUUAGACCCUCUCGUCGUGCUAGCUUUGCCAAUGGUACUUUGCCUCCCGAUCAUCGCCCAACCUCUGGAUCGUUUUCUUCUGUGGGUGCUCGACCAUCCUUUAGAGCAUUGAGACGUGCAUCAAAAAAAUAA